AUGUCGUCGUCUCAAUCGAUAAAAACAAGCGCUUCUACGUCUUCUUCUCCCCAAAAUCAUCAGUUCUCAUCUCCAACAUUAAAAGUACCAAUACGACCUCUGCCUUCUUCAUCUUCUUCUACAAACUCAUAUUCCGUCGUUGAUAAUAAUGGAUCCAAGAAAAACAGUUUGGCUUCAAUAAACACAUUCCCUAAUAAUAGUUUAAAUGUUACGUUUCCUAUUUGUGAACAAUCAGUCAAUCCCAAAAAUAUAAUUGGUAAACCAACUAAACGGGGAAGGAAACCGUUAAGUAUCAUGCCAUCAGCCAAAAAGCACAUCCAAAACUUAACUAACCAACGUGCCUUUCGCCAACGUCGUGAAACUUAUCGCAAAACUUUAGAAACCAAAAAUACAGAACUAGAAGCUAAACUUAAUGAGGCAAAAAUUGAAAUUGAAUCAUUAAGGAAAAAAGUGGCUUCAUUAGAGAAACAAAUUGGCAGUGCUAAUAGUGGAACUGCUUUUUGUGAUAAUUCUGCUGGUGGUUAUGUUAAUUUUGGCAACAAUAUUAACACAUCAUCACACUUAUAUCAUGAUAGAACUGUUGAUAAUUCAUGCUGCGAUAUUAUAGGAACUUCUGAUUCUACCAAUAUGCUCUUCUCAUCUUCUCUUAUGGAUGAAGAUACUCAUUUCUUUCGUAACUUGGAAAAUGAUGAUGAUAACAAUAAUUCAUGUGAUUCAUCAUUUUUCUACCAGAACAACAAAGUUUUAUCAUCCUAUAAUAAUAUAUCUCCCUCACCAUCAUCACCAUCACCAGUGACGACAUUACAAUUUACAGAUCAAUUACUUGGACAACCAAAAGACAUACAAAUUAUGACAUUGAAUCCUGGUAAACAUGAAUUCAUCACUCGUGCUCACAACAUACCUGAAACAGUUGAUGAUAUCAUUCAGAAUCGUUUAUUCUGUGACACAAAAAGAGGUGAUCUUUGCCUUUGUGAACCUGCAUCUGAUGAUUUAAUGACAACAACAGAUGACAAUAUUGAAGAAGAUAAUAAUAAGAAAGCAGGAAGGAUAUGGAUUGUACCAAAAGAGAUUGUUCAACAAUGCAUAUCAUCAGAAACUCCUUUGUAUUCAUCUACUACAGGAUUAAACAACAAUCUAAACAACAAUAACACCUACAAUAUAAAUCCACUUUCUUCACCUAUUGAUUCUUCCUCCUCUGCCACUAAUCAAUGGGAAGGUUUUUAUUCUCAAUCUUCACCAACUUCAAUUUACCCACAACCUUCUCCUUCUCCAUUAACUCCAAUUGAUCUACCACCACAUUACAAAUGGGUUCUAAAAGACAUGCGUACUGAAGCAAACCUGUAA